GUACCUGAUGGGAACUGUGACGAAACAGGGGGCCCCUGGUGUCAUAGAAUCCAACGGGUCACAAAUGUCGUUAUAACACCGGUACCAGACAUGUAGCCACAGGUGAGGCUAGCAUCAACCUAAACAAGAGAAAAGCCGUUUCAGACUCAUGACAUUGCUCUGAAAUAUUGAUAUCUGUGUUGUGGUCCCUGGUGAUCAGUCAUCAUGUUGCGCAGUCCACCUGACACCUGACAGACAGGCCAUGCUGCAGGGCAAACUGACACUGCCGUUUGAGGAUGUGUGGAGGAUCAUGUGGUCGGUGAGAGAUGACACCACACUGAUGUGGAGAAGCUGGUGAUGCGGCUGCUUAACCACAGUUGAAUCAUGGGAAACGUGGAGAGUCAGAAUGGGGACAGUGGUUUCUACGGCGACGCAAUGGGACAUCUCUCCCGCAAGCACACGUCCCGGUCACUCCGUCUCUCCAGCAAGCAGCCAGUCACCCGCCGUUCCCGGCACUCUUCUUCAGUGAAACAGGAACACAGAAACUCUGAUGCCUCAACUCGCUCCUCUAGCACCCCGAGCAUCCCACAAUCCUUAGCAGAGAACGGACUGGAGCCUUUCAAUGCAACAGAUGAGUUUGGAGAGUUUGGCAUCAAUCCUCAUUGGACGCAACGUGUCGCUAUGACAAUGAGACCGGAGUCCUUUCAAAAUGACGAUGACCCCUUGGCCACGCCAACUCCAGAAACCUCAGAGGCGGACACUGUCGCUCAGGAUGGAGGAGAGGAUUCUGAGGGGGAGGGGGAAGGGGAGGGAGAUGUUGUUGGUGAGGAGAGGUACCUCCAGCGGAUGACCGAGGGUCCACGGGAGGGAGGGAGUUUUAAAAAGAAGCGGUCUAAGUCAGCAGACAUGUGGAGAGAAGACAGCUUGGAGUUUUCUCUGUCUGACCUGAGCCAGGAGCAUCUGACCAGCACUGAAGAGAUGGUAGAUGGGGGAGAAGAAGAAGAGGAGGAGCAGUUCACACGCCCUAGAGGCAACGCAGGCUCAGCUGAAAGGGCAUCUUCUCUGGACCAUCUGUGCAGCCAGCAGAGUCCUGGCCUCAGGGGGCAGAGGAGCCGCUAUGCUAAAAACCGGAGAGAAGCACAGUGCGAUGGAGACGGAGAAGGGGAGGAGGGGUUGAUGUCUCCAACCGAGGAGGAUGGUGGCGGGUAUGGAGCAUUUACGCUCCCCUGCCGACGCUCCCACUGCCUGUCAGAGGGCCUGGCAGGGCUCGGCAUCCCUGCUGCACCGUGCCCUGCUUUCCAGGGACGGCGUGCACAAACUACUCAGGACAUCUCUGGUGUUUUGGGUGAGGGAAGUGAGUAUGGCGACAGUGGCAUCGAUGGCGUCACCACAGAGAUAGACGGAGACGGAGAGUUGGUGUCACGGCGCUGUAAGGCCAUGUCGGCCUCUUUCUCAGUGUACUCAGCUACCGAGAGCAGUGUCUUUAACGGGAGCGACAGCGGGAGCAGCAGCGCAGGAGGAGGAGAAGGACGAGGUGGCGAGGGAGGCAGGGGAGGAGUGUAUGAGAAUUUCCGGAAGGAGCUGGACAAUCAAGCCUGGACACAUCAGGGUCGGGACUGCACGGAGGAGGCUGGCUCCGCUGUGAGUGACGAGCAGAGCAGUGGCACACUCAGCAGUGCAUAUCCAUCGGACGCUCUGAUUGGCUGUGCACAAGGUACAGUCAGGAAGGCAGGGGCUCUGGCUGUGAAGAACUUCUUAGUGCAUAAGAAAAACAAGAAAGUGGAAUCUGCAACAAGGCGCAAGUGGAAACACUACUGGGUCUCUCUGAAAGGCUGCACUCUUUUCCUGUAUGAGUCAGAUGGUCGCUCUGGGAUCGACCACAACAGCGUCCCCAAGCAUGCAUUGUGGGUGGAGAACAGCAUUGUUCAGGCCGUCCCUGAACACCCUAAGAAAGACUUUGUCUUCUGCCUUAGCAACUCAGUGGGAGAUGCUUUCCUCUUCCAGACAUCUGGCCAGACAGAACUGGAGAACUGGAUUACGGCGAUCCACUCUGCAUGCGCCGCUGCUCUGGCUCGGCAGCAUCACAGGGAGGAUACAGUGCGUCUGCUGCGAACCGAGAUCCGCAAGCUCGAGCAGAAGAUCGACAUGGACGAGAAGAUGAAGAAGAUGGGAGACAUGCAGCUGUCUACCGUCACCGACGCCAAGAAGAGAAAGACUAUACUGGAGCAGAUCUUCCUGUGGGAGCAGAACUUGGAGCGGUUUCACAUGGAUCUGUUCCGCUGCCGGUGCUACCUGGCCAGUCUACAGGGCGGUGAACCCCCCAACCCCAAACGCCUGCUGGGCUUCGCUUCACGUCCCACCAAGCUGGCCAUGGGACGACUGGGCAUCUUCUCUGUCUCUUCCUUCCAUGCACUGGUGUCAGCCCGAACAGAAAGCAGCAUCAGGAGGCGGAACCAGGCCAUGCCUCGCACCUUCAGUAAACGUCGCAGCCGUUUCUCCUCCCUCUGGGGACUGGACACCGCCUCCAAGAGAAAGACUAAGGGGCAUCCUUCAAUCAACCAGGUCUUCGUUGAUGGGAUGGAGCCGGUGAGGAAGCCAUUGGAGCGCAUGUUUGAAGACUCUGCCAGUGAGAAAUCUAAGGAGAGAGAGGGCUCAGUAAAAAUCCUUCCUCAGCAAAACGUAGACAGUGACAUUUGGGUUCCCGAUUACCUGACUCCCUCCUGGGUGUGCCUGCCGAACAAUCAGCCUGUCCUGGCCAUCAUACAGCCCGGCGAGACAGCGCUGGAAGUCCUGAGCACCGUCUGCAAGACCCACAAGAUAGACCCCUCCGGCCACUACCUGUGUUUGAAGAUGUGGAUUGACAACCAAAUGCUCUUUUAUGUUCCCACGCUCGAAGAGGACAUCUCUGAUCUGCUCUACAAAGAGAUUGAGAUUUGCCCCAAAGCUACCAAGGUGAUCCGGUUUGACAAAGCAGAGUCCUGCACCAUUGGAUACGGUUUUUCUGUGGCAGUUAUAGAUGAAGAUGGGAUGCAGCAGCUUCAUAUUACUGAAGUGAAAACCGAGGGACUGGCCUCUGCUAAAGGUUUGAAAGCAGGGGACGAGAUUCUGCUGCUGAAUGGUAAACCUGCAUCUGCCCUCCAAAUGGAUGACAUGAGGGCUGCAUUUGUAAACCAAGCGUUGACCUUAAGCAUCAGCACCCUGCCCCAGCUGGAUCCUCAGGUGCUGUGCUCCCUUCCACCCCGGCGCUCUGAUGGGGAGCAGGACCCAGCCACAGACAUCUUCUCCCAGAGCCAAGAGGACAUCCUGGAUGAGGUGUCAGGGUUGACGGCGGAGAGCCCAGAUGAGAGUAUGGAGGAAGGAUCUCGGCUGACCCUGCAGAGUCCCGGCAAUCAUCCAGAAGACAAAACCUGCAUGGGGACUGGACAGAAGAGCACGGAGCAGGUCACUGCUUUCUGCCGCAGCCUCCAUGACAUGAAUCCCCUGGAGUGCCCUAUGUCAUCCUCCUCGUCCUCGUCCUCGUCCUCCCUCUCCCCGAGCCCUGUGUCAGCUUUACCACCCACGGCAGGCGCUGCCGCCCAGAGACAGCUCUCCCACGCAGACAAACUACGCAAGGUCAUCAAUGAACUGGUGGAGACGGAGAAGACUUACGUCAAAGACCUCAGCUGCCUGAUAGAGUGCUACUUGACACCUUUGCAGAAAGAGAGCUUCCUUACACAAGAUGAGCUGGACGUUUUGUUCGGUAACCUCGGGGAGAUGGUGGAGUUCCAGGUGGAGUUUCUCCGGACGCUGGAAGAUGGGAUCAGACUGGUGCCAGAUCUGGACAAGCUUGAAAGAGUGGAGCAGUUUAAGAAAGUGCUUUUCUCCUUGGGUGGUUCAUUCCUGUAUUAUGCCGAUCGCUUCAAGAUCUACAGCGCCUUCUGCGCCAGCCACACCAAGGUCCCAAAGGUCCUGGCUAAAGCAAAGACCGACCCAGAUUUCAAGGCUUUCCUGGCUGAGAGAAACCCAAGACAGCAACAUUCAUCCACUCUGGAGUCUUACCUGAUCAAACCCAUCCAGAGGGUCCUGAAGUACCCGCUGCUGCUAAGGGAGCUCUACUCUCUCACUGACCCCGACAGUGAGGAACACUACCACCUAGAUGUUGCAAUGAAGGCCAUGAACAAAGUUGCGAGUCACAUCAAUGAGAUGCAGAAGCUUCAUGAGGAGUACGGAGCUGUUUUCGACCAGCUCAUCAACGAACAGACGGCAGAUAAAAAAGAGGUGGCUGACCUCUCAAUGGGGGAUCUUUUGUUACAUUCCACUGUGGUGUGGAUCAACCCUCCAGCCUCUUUGGUGAAGAGCAAAAAGGAUCCUGAGUUGGCUGCUUUUGUGUUCAAAACAGCAGUUGUAUUUGUAUACAAAGACAGCUCCAAGCACCGGAAAAAAAUCGGUGCAUCUCACCGCGCGUCUGUGAGCGAUGACAGAGAUCCUUUCCGUUUCCGUCACAUGAUUGCAACAGACUCUCUGCAAGUCCGUGCCCUUGCAAACUCAGAGGGUACAGCAGUGUGUGAGAUAGUUCACACAAGAUCUGAAUCUGAAGGAAGACCUGAGAGAACCUUCCAGUUGUGCUGCAGUUCUCCAGAUAGUAAGAAGGACUUCCUGAAAGCAGUCCACUCCAUCCUUAGGGAAAAGCAGCGCCGCCAACUUCUUAAGACAGAAUCUCUGCCCCCCAACCAGCAGUACGUCCCAUUUGGGGGCAAACGUCUGUGUGCCCUUAAAGGGAUGCGGCCCUCCAUGAACAGAGCAGCAUCUGCUCCAUCGCGAAGGCUGGCCCGCAGGAAGCUGGUGAGGAACCGCUUCACCAUCGACACCGACCUGGUUUUCCAUGGCAACAACAACAACAGCAACGAUCCAGACACUUCCCACCACUCCUCCUACCCUUCCUCUUACCCCUUGCUGCCCCAGCAUUCUCUUCCUCUAUCCCACAAACCUCAAGGAGAGGACACGGACCGUUGGGUGGAGGAGCAGUUCGACCUGGGAUGCUAUGAAGACCAGGGCGAGUGCAUCGACUUGGGGCAGGUGAAGGAGACGGACAUUUUGAGCGACGACGACGAGUACUGCAAGUCUGUCCGGGCCGCGUCGGCAGAACCAGCUGACCUGAAGGGGAAAAUGGAGGGACUCGACCUACAGGACAGAGAGAUGCCGAGCCAUAACCUGAAUGGACGGGCAGAGGCUGGGAUCGUGCUGAGUGUGAUGCAGGAGGAGGAAGUCGAUCGAAUAAAGCAUGGUGAUGAUUCAGGCUCAAUAGACUCCUUCACCUCCUGUGGUGUCUCUCUGUCCCGCAGUGCAACCCCGACUCUAAAGCUUGCUCCUUUGAAGCAGUGUGCUGUGGAGGGGGCCACAAACAAGGACCAUGAUGUCAUCUGGGUGAGGCGGGAUGACUUUGCUAACAGCUGCAACAGUGACGUGUUCUGAUCUGGAAUUGUAGACGACAAAAUGAAGAAAGGAGACAAAUGUUUGUUUCACUUUUUGCAUAAAGUGGGAGUGCAAGGAAAGGGGAAAGAUUGAAUACAAGCUUUAAAUAUGUAGAAUAUGGAGGUAUCUGUAUAUAGAAGGUAUUACACCUCAGCCAGUCCUCCCUGUAUCACGACACAACCCUCUUCUCCCCGCCUCACCUGCAUCUCCCUUGUUCUGACAAUCCCGAAAUACUGAACCGAGUGAGUAAGGAAAGGGAAAUCGUACUCAGAGAUUCUCAUCCCGAUCUCCUUAAAAGUGAACCCAAAAGACUACACGGUCCUCACUGUUUUGGACGCAGGCAUCACAUGCACCUGUGGAAUUACAUGUGAACGUAUGAACAUAACAGCACUGCAUGUGCACGCGAGUAAACAAACAAGUAUGUGUAUGAACACUGUUGAGUACACAGGAGCACAGACACAGAGACUCCAGGCAGCUGCUGCUCAGUGCACACGUGCUGAAGAGACGUCACCACCGAGCUGUGAUUCUCCUGGCCAAAAAAAUGUCUAUUUUUCAACACAGGAAUGUGGGUGUUAUAUUUUUCUGACUCAGAAACUGUGUUUGUAUUUUAACACUCAAGGGCUGUGUGUUACUGAACUUCUCUUCAGGGGCUUUUGGCUUAACGACUGCUGUGUAAAAAGAUGGCGAGAUCCGACUAGCUUUAUCGUGCUUUUUAUUGUUUUAACUUAAUAUCAGCUGCACAUCGGUGUAUAGUCAGGAGUACAAUAGAGUGCCGUUAACCUCUUGUAUGAAAACGUUUUGAAGCUCACUUUUGUCUCCUAGCAUAUCCUUUUAAAAAGAUAGCCUACUAUUCUUAAUUUAAUUAUUGCCUUUUUACUGUAAUUUUUAAUGUUUACACCACACUCAGCUGCCCAGUGUUACAAACCACCUUUUGUGUGUUUGGUGCCAGAAACAAGCUUGUGCCCUUCACAUGAAUGUCCAUUCUAUAUUUUUGUUGCUAAAAUAAAAUGCCGUUGUUAUUUUGGUAACUAAUGGAUUUCAUUAAGGUUAUUAAUAUACUGUAUCCUUUCUUGCCCCAGAGGCCACCCUCUCCUCCUCACGCUCCACAUCCUUGAUAAAUAGCAUAAUAAUUCCUACAGCAAUCCUGUUUUACUUGAAUUUUCUUUGUUGUUUUGAAAGGAGGUAUUCAACAGAGCCAUGCUAGACUGUACUGUAACUCCACAGAGAAGAGCAAUCAUGCAGUUGACCUGUCAUACUCUGACUGAUUCAGACAUCUUAUUUCUCUCCAUCUCCUUUGACCUUUUCUCAAGCAGCAUCACAACCACAGAGACGCUGCCUGAGACAGGCUUCACAUCCAUGACAUUUGACAUCCAUCCCUACACCUCACACCUCUUGCAUUUCUUCCCUUAUCCACCAGGCUGUGCUGCUUCACUUUAUGUCAUCACAACAACACGCUGAUUGCUGAGCUCAACACAGUCACGCGCACCUUAAUGGAUGUAUUGAGCAUGCACUUAAUACCCAACUGUGAGGGGAGGGAGGGAUCUGCCAGCUACUCUGAUUCAUAGUGUGUGAGGAGAGUGGAGGGAAAUAAUACACUUUGGAUGUUCUUAUUAUUGUCUUUUUAUUAUGAUGCUGGUUUCUUAGAUUUUAGCUUACUGGGUGAUGAUUCCCAGUAGGGAUGUUCAGACUGUGAGGUACAAUCACCAGGCCUUGGAGGCAAAUCCUGUGAGAACCCCUUUGACUCCUCCCUUUGUACUUUAAAAAAAAAACUGUGUUCGUACAUAAAACU